AAAAUAAUGGAAUGAUAUUUACAAUUUUCUAAUCCAAAGGCAUAAUUCCCGAUUCUAAAAUCUCUCAUUAUGACCAUAGUAUUUUUGCUAAAUGCUUCCAUAUUUGUAGAUCCUUGUACUCCAACUGCUGCACCAUCUCAUCAACCAGGUCAGCAUCUUGCCACAGGGCAAAAUAAUCUGAAUUAACAAAACACAAGACCAAGCACAUAAGGAGAUAUUAGGUCAAAUGAUCAAAAGCUUUGUCAAAGAGAGAGGUUUUAAGAAGGGUCUUAACAGAGGAAAGGCUUCUGGAGAGCUGAGAUGUAUGGAACAAAUUCCACAGCUAGGGGCCUUGGCAGCUGAAGGUAUGGCCACCGAUGGUGGAGCGAUUAAAAUUGGGAUGCUCAAGAUACCAAAAUUACAUGAGUGCUAACAUUUCAGAGGUUGUGCAGUUGGAAGAGAUUACAGAAAAAGGGAGCAGUGAAGCCAUGAAGGGAUUUGAAAACAAGGAUUCGAAUUUUAAAAUCGGACUUUACUUGACUGGGAUCCAGAGUCGGUCAGCAAGCACAGGGGUGCUCUGUGUACAGGACUUGGUGCGAGUUAGGAUAGCAUAGCUUUAGAUGACUUCAAGUUUACAGAAGGUAGAAUGCGGGAGACCAGCCAGGAAUGUGUUGGAAUAAUCAACUCUAGAGGUGCCCUCAGCAUCCUCCUUCACAAUUGUGAAGCAUGGGCAACUUAUGCAAGCCAAGAAAAGCAGUUGAACAGCUUUCACCUCCACUGCCUCAAGUGAAUACUGAGCAUCCUCUGGCAAAACAGAGUGCCAAAUUUGGCAAUACACCAGCGUGCAGGGAUGCCCAGCAUGUUUGCCCUCUUGAGUGAGUGGUGACUCCGUUAGCUGGGUUGUGUGAGCCGAAUGGAUGACAGCUGCAUCCCCAAAGACAUGCUCUGUGGUGAACUUGCUAUCUGCAUGAGACCAAUGAGUUGCUCAUGUCUGCAAUACAAGGAUGUCUGCAAAUGAGACUUCAAGUUAACUGGGAUCGGAGUCGAUGCAUGGGAAGUCCUUGCUGCUGACUGGACUGCCUGGAGACAAGCAGUCAGGAAGAGUGUGGAAAAAGCAGAAGACAAAAGAAAUGACCAGAUGGCAGAAAAGAGAACCUGCUGGAAGGAAAAGCCAUCAGUCGACCUUAGGCCACUGCUGUUCAUUGUGCCAGCUAUGGAAGGGAUUGCCAUGUGCGAAACAGCUACAACAGACAAUGUUCAGUAUGGAAGGGAUAUACACCUUGGGCACAGUCCAUCUUCCCGUGACUGACUGGUGCCUGCCUGCCUGCCUGAGAGGCACCAAUGGCAUGAAUUAAAGUUUCAACAGCAGAUAAGUUGAGACAGUUUGAGUCCAACUAAAUCAUUGAAAAGAAUUCUGGAUGCUAAGAUGUGAAAGCCAUUUUGCUACACUCUGGAAUGGAUCGAAACAAAAGGAAUUCGAUAGCGGGUUUACCAUCAAGACAUGAACGAUUGGAAGAUUUUGAUGGCAAUAGGGAAGGUGGUGUUGCUCAAUCAGGGACAGUGUUCCCUUCAUCGUACAGAGCCCUGAGUAGUGCUGUCUCCAGACUUACUAGGCUUGAUGAUUUCAUCUGUGAGAAAAUAGGAUCUGGAUUUUUCUCUGAAGUCUACAAGGUGCGGCACAGAACAUCAGGCCAAGUAAUGGCACUGAAGAUGAACAAACAGAUUAGCAACAGAGCAAAUAUGUUGCGGGAAGUGCAAUUAAUGAAUCGUCUUUCUCAUCCGAACAUUCUAAGAUUUAUGGGUGUUUGUGUUCACGAAGGCCAACUGCAUGCAUUAACUGAGUACAUUAAUAGAGGGAACCUCGAACAGUUAUUGGACAGCAGUGAUCAUCUGUCCUGGCGUGUCCGGGUCAAAAUAGCAUAUGACCUUGCCUGUGGACUCAGCUACCUGCACUCAAAGGGUGUCUUUCAUCGGGACUUGACUUCUAAGAACUGUUUAAUUAAGAUGGAAGAGAAUGGCUACACAGGAGUGUUGGGUGACUUUGGGUUGGCAGAGAAAAUUCCUGACAAUGCGGAGGUAGAAAAGCUGUCGGUGGUUGGAUCACCUUUUUGGAUGGCUCCAGAGGUGCUGCACAGUGAGCAUUAUAAUGAAAAAGCAGAUGUAUUUUCGUACGGCAUUAUUCUUUGUGAAAUUAUAGCUAGAGUACAAGCUGAUCCUGACUAUCUCCCUCGGACAGUGAACUUUGGAUUAGACUACGAUGCAUUUCAGAACAUGGUAGGGGACUGUCCACCCAGCUUUCUUCAGCUUGCCUUCAACUGUUGCAAUAUGGAUCCAAAGCUCCGUCCGUCCUUUCCAGAAAUAGUAAAAAUGAUAGAAGAGAUUAUGCAACACCUACAAGAUGAGGGCCAAGAGAGAUCUGUUAACAGUGAAGAAGUUAGAGAGACCAAGCCAAUUAAUCUUCAGAAAAGUGCUGGAGAGAAAGGACUGGCACUGAAAAGGUGCAGCCCUCUUAGACUUCCGGGUGACAAGAUUCCACCCAAAUCACCUCGGCCUCGUCGCAAUAUAUGGCUUUCUCGUAGUCAGUCGGAUUUCUUUACACGGAAAAGCAGUCGGAAGAUUAAUGUCCAAGAUCCAUACUAUACCCCUAAUAAGGGGACAUUACGCAAGAUUAAUCCUUUCAGUGCCAGACAGGACCUGAAAGGUGGAAAGAUCAAGUUUGUGGACACACCAAGUAAAUCAGUAAUAUCACUUGCAUUUGACCUGCCUUCACCUGAUGCUGUAAACUACCCAGUCACUUCUGUAUCCCAAGUGAAACAGUACUGCAGUGGGGACUUUCAGGAAUCUUUACCCUCUGAGCGACAAUAUCGGUCCCUUCCAGUUUCACCUGAUCUUCCAACAAAAGAAUGUCACAGUUUUGGACCCUUUUCAUUAACGCUUGGGAAAUGUGACCCUGUGCAGCUAGGAACAGAUGUGCGGCAGAAAGUGUCAAGCAGCUCCAGAUACUUUGACUUGGAAAUCCCACCAUUUAAGUUCAAACCUCAGACGCAGGAAUCUGAAUCAUUAGAACAAUUUUCUAUGGACUGUUCAGGAAGUGAGUUUCCGCAGGAUGAAAAUGAAACAUAUACAAAGAACGGGACACUAUUAAAGUUAAAAACCAAUGAAAAUGUGACUGUCCUUGACCAAGAAAGUCUGAAUUGUAAUAGCAUUACUGGAGGUAAUGGACCAAAUUUAGACAGUACAUCAUUCAGUCACUGGGAUAGCUCAGUUUCUGGUGAAGAAAUGGAGGAACAAGAAAUGCAGAGGGACAUGUCUAAAUUAGCAAUACCAGAACCUUUCAGUGUAAAUAUUGCCCUGGAGCAAGAUGGUAAAGUAAACCCAAGUAGUUCUGUUUUUCCAGCUGAAGCAUCUGACGUGGAAGGGCAUUCAUCUGUAGUACUGACUCCAUGCAUGACUUCAAAUCCAUGUCAUCUUCAGUCAAAAUGUGACAUUUAAAAGGCACGCAUGUAUUAAUAUUGUAUAGAGAGGUGUCAUAUAACGGAUAUUUCUGCCUAAUAAAAAUUUAGUUACUUUUAUUUUGUCAGAAAAGGUAUAUGAGAGAGACUAAAAUUCCAAAGCUGUUUCAACAGGUGAAUGCUGGUACCAUGGACAUCAGUCUGUUCUGAUAAAUUAUUUGGCUUAAAAUGUGGUGGUAGACCAGUGUUAUUAAUUGUCUCAUUUGGGUAAACUUUCUGAAUCCCCUACAAGUUGUCGAACCUUUAUGGCAGUAGUUUAUAAAGUAACUAAGUCUAUCCUUCCCCCUUUUAAUGUUAAUAUCAGCGUACACGCAGUAUAUUCUUUGGCAAAUUUCAGUAUUUGUAGGAUCCUUCAUGGUUUGAAUUAAUCUAUGCGAGAUGGCCAUUCUAUUCUUAAUUUGAAUGCAAUUAAGAUAUUUAUUUUUUAAAAAAUUCCUCAAUUCUGAUGCAGUUUACUGUAUCAUCGAUUGACCUGUAGCUAUCAUAUAUUUUAGUGAAAAUCAAUUGGGUAAUUCAAUUAUAAAAUACCAGUUUCAUUUUGCAUUUUCCAUAUUUGGGAGAUUUUGCCCUAUUAACUCAAGAUUAGGUCCCUAAUGCUGCAUGAAGGUUAUUUAAGAGUGCAUGUGGUUAUAUUUACUUGUGUUCUUAUCUCAGGCAGACUUGGGUGCAACAAUGAACACAGUAUCAUUAUUAGAAUAGCCUGCAUGUCCUAGGGUACCAGUAUAUAAUCUGUGUUGGAUGUCAAUUUGGUCUUCCCUUGGUCCACAAAAAUAUAUAUUUUUUUCUAAAUUUAACUGUUUUACUCAAAUUGAAGAGGUGGAUCACCAGGGUUUCUUACACAAGAGAAGCACUUCAUCACUUUCUUUCCUAUAGCUUGAAAGAUGUUACUACUGUAUAUUUUGUAUUUCAACCUGGACUACUGUAACUAGAGUCAGAUGUAUAGCAGCAUGGUGCCAUAUAAAUUAUAGUUUAAAAUGGGUUAACCCACAGGAUUAGCGCCAUAAAUGUUUAAUUAACAAAAAAGGCAUGGUGUAUUUAUCUUUUUUGAACCCUGUGAAAUGCAGUUUUAUUAUAAUAUGGAAAUUCUGUUUGAAUUAGAUUUUUCGUCUUCCUCUUUCCCCCAAAAAUGCCAUGCAUUAUGCAGGUUGGUGAACUUUUUCUACAACAUCCUUUGCUGCUUUGUAACUGGCUGCUAGGCUGUGUUUCAAAUGUUUAUUUGCCUUCCCUGUUACCCUUCUUCCUAUCCGUGUCCUGAAGUAUCUUGCACAUGUGUUUACUGCUGCACUUCACAGAUUGUAGACUCUUCUAUUUCAUUUAAUCAGUUAAUUAGAUUUUAAUCAUGAAUGUGAAUUACAAAACAAUGGUUCUUAUACACCCUGUUUAAACUAGGGCUACUGGUCUGGAUCUAAUCUGGAUUAAAAAUAAAUCUGCAUCAAGGUAAAUUGGUGCAUUUAAUUUGCACCUGAGCUAAUGGGGAAUUUGCUUCAGAUUAUCUUCAGUUGACUUUUUCAAACAUACUCCAGGCUUUCCCAUGGCUGUGCUUCAUACUGCAUUGCAGAGGUUUCCUGACAUCAAUCCUUUUGAUAUACAAUGAGCCAAAUUUGAUGGGAAAUUUUAUUGUUCGGGCCCAUGAAUUUAAAUUAAUUGAUCAACACUUCUAAUUUUCUUUUGUUACUUUAAUUCAAAAAAAUUAAUUUUAUUUGUGUAUAUAUAUUUUCAUAUCUCAUGAAUACCAGUCACCUUUUAAUUAGCAUCCAGUCUGACUCUCCAAAUUAUAGUACUGUAAUGGUGAAGCAGCAGUCCAGUGUUGUUCUCAUAAUGCUUUUUAAAAAAAACAGACUUGGUCAAGCUGGAAAAUGUGUUUGACUCAUUACUUUCAUUUGUUAUGUGUGCUAUUUGCAUUGUUUUGAGUCUUUUUGUAUUAAACAUUUCCACAGAUUUUAGUUCAAUUCAUAUAAUUCACUGUACAAACAUACUCCUGUGACUCCUCAAGGGCAUGAAUUGCUUAAUCUUCGACAAUUUAGUUUUUAAUCUCAUAAAUAUUAGUAAUAUCAAUGAUUAUUUCUCUUGUAAGCAAUUUGCAAGAAUAGCACACAGAUCUGUUUGCCAAGGUAAAAAGAAGUUUCUGGAUAAAGGAAUAAAGAAGCAUGAUUAAUGUGAUCUAAAACAGAGUGAAUACAGAUCCUUGUAGCUCUGCUCACUCCCAUUUUAGUUAAGACGGUGAUGGAAGUUGCACUUCUGAUUCAUUUUAAUUGCUAACUUGUACGUUUCACAAACUACAGCUCUUGGUGGGGUAAAGAGCUAAAUUAUAGUAUUUCAGCAUAGAGUGCCAUGCAAUUUAAUGUGUUUUACUUUAAGAUGGUGAUCCAUUUGUCUUGGCACCUUCUAGCAAUACCCAGUCUUUAUAUUGGCCAUGGUUUGGGUUACUAAAAUGGCAUUUUUCUAUUUAAGUGCAAACCCAUACUUCGUUAUGAUGUUUGUGAACAGUGUUGAAAUCCCAGGAAGUAACCUAAUUGUGAUCAAAACCCAUAAAUUUUGGUGUAAAUUACAAUGGUAUUAUGCAGUUAUGAAUCUUAUUUCCCGAUUAGAAUGUGCAACUAAAAUGUUAAUGGGUUACUGAUUCCAAGUGUACAGAAAUACUAUGUAUUGCAUCUCUAUGUACUAUUCAAGGGGAGUUACCAGCACAUAGAUUUGGAUAACGUUAUCAAUGGAAUAAAAGUUAGUCAUAUGCAACAAAGCAAAAUCAUUGCACAAUAAAAAUACAAGCAGUAUGUUUAUUUUUUGGAAGGAAGCAGGGGAAGAUGGCAAAGUCACAGUAUUGCUAUCACAAUUGCUGUAGAUGUCACAGUUUUGCUGUUGAUACUUGAAUUAGAUUAUUGCUAUCAUUUUGGGCAAAAUAAACCUGAUGCCACCUGUGAGGUUAUAGACUUUUAAGUUCUAGUUGGACUCUCAGGUGUUGAUUUCAGGAAGGGUUUGGCUCCAUGUGAGAAAUGGUUCGACAGGCACCAAGAGUAUUCUGGCUUCUCACCCACAGGCUUUUAUUUGCAAGCCUUGACCUUGAGUAAGGGCAUUGCAGCUGAGCUUGAUUUUACUCUCAUUUGUGUGCAUUUGACACCAAAAAAAAUUCUAUUUGAAAACAUUUGCCCUAAGCUUGGCUGAGUAACAGUGAGAAUAAGUAAUAACAGAAGUGUAGGACUGUAUACUGUAGAUGCUUUGCGUUUUUCAUAAUGUGUGAAGAAUAUGCAUAAGGUCCCAUUUAUAUUUACAGACCAUAUAUCUAAAGACUUUUAACUGAUUUUAGUAGGUUUUGUACAGAAAUGUUCCCAAAAUGGUGUACACAUAUUUGGAUCAUACAUACUAGAUAAAUCCAGGUGCUUAUUUGUGGCAUGCAACAGUUAUGUGCUAUUUCAUUCAAGAAAUGCACACACUUGUACAGAAGUUUAGCACCAUUUUAAAAUUGCUGUAAUGGUCCAAGACAUCAAAUCAGUCACUUAUUGGCUCUCAAUCGUUACUGCUUGUUCUCAUCUCAAACAUCGGAUCCUGAUUUAUAGAAGGCUUUGUGCUUGUUUGGCUUGCGCUGCACACAUUCAAGAAAUCGGACACAUACCUAAGAUGUACUAUGUUAUGUAAGGAAACUUUAGCUUUUACCUGGUGUGUACUAUUAAAAUUUCACAAUUUAAUUUAGAAUUAAGUCAGAAAGCAAGAUUUUGCAAUAGAUAACACAAUAGAAUUUUUGCUAUUUUGCAUUCCAUAAAUGGGAACCAGGCAGUUAAGCACAAAUGAAUCAGAAACCAAGUGGAAUCUCAUUUUACAAAUGCCUUGUGGUUUUCUUUUUGAUGUAGUUAACGUGUGCGCAAAAUGCAAAGCCAUUGCAUCCAAAAUCCUCCAACCUUACAAACUGUUACAAACAAAUGCAUUUGCACUCUAUUUUUUGGCCAAAAACAAGAAGGUGCAUUACAUGGCUGUUAGUGUGGAGCUGAAUGGAAGGCCAUUUGGUUUUAGGAAUAUUUGGGUGAAAACCAACAAAUAACUAUCUAUGUAAAAAGGCCACAUUUCUUAAUGACUCAGCAUUUCUAAUAUUGAAUGUUACAUAAAAGUAAUUGAGUAGAAUGACAAGAAUGUGAUGGUUUGGCUUCACCUUGUGGUUUGCACAAAAAAUAUUGCACAAAGUGACGUGUAGCUAUUGUAAGUUAUUUUGAAUUUCUGUAUAUUUGAUAACAGAGCAAGCUCUGUACCCUAGCACUCAAUUACUAGAAUUUGUCAGACCACUGAAGCUGCAUUUUUUUCACUGUGAAGAAACCUAUCCAAUAUAAUGUUGGGCAAUGAGUUUUGGCCGGUCUCCAUUUUUAAGCCUUGCAUUAUGGAUAAACUGCAUAAAUUUCAGGCAUGCUUUUCAUUGCUGAAUUGUUUCUGAUCUUAAUAGAGGAAUUGGAGCAUAAGAUUAAUACCAUGUUUCGAAUGUACUUGCCCUUAAUCUCCAUCUCUUUGUGGUGAAAUAUAAAAGUUGCUCUAAACUUGUAGAGAUAGCUGAAGUAUUCCCACAAGUAUCAUUCUGAUUUGUAUUGUGGUAUCAGCCUUGGCUGAUUGGUAACACCUUCACCUGUGUCAGGAAGUUGUGGAUUCAAAUUCCAUUCUAAUGACUUCACAUAAUCCAGUCCCGUUUAACACUUAAGCGCAAUACUGAGAGAGUUUUGCACUGCCAGGGGUGGUGUUUUUCAGUUGAGAUGCUCAUCAGCUCUCAGAUGGAUGCAAAACUUCCUAUAAUUGUGUUCAUUAAGAGUAGGGGAAUUCUCCCUGGUGUCCUGACCAAUGUUUAUCCCUCAACUAAUCAUUUCAUUAAAAAAAAGAUAUGACUUGUUCAUGUAUCUCAUUGCUGUAUUGGGUCAUUGCUGUGUGCAAAUUAGCUACUGCAUUCCCUACGUUACAACAGUGACUACACUUCAAAAGUACCCCAUUGGCUAUAAAGCACUAGGAACAUACUGAGGUUAUAAAAGGUAACGUGUAAAUAGUUUCAUUCAUAGGUAGUGUACUCAUUUAUAGACAUUUGGCAAUGUAUUUUUUCAGUUUACAUGGGUUCAUUGAGAGGGAAGCAUUGCAUCUGUGCUUUUGAUCAAAGUGCCAGUGUUGAAAUUAUUCUUCAGUGCGUUAUUCAGGAACUUUGUCUCUAGGAUUAUGUUUAAGCCAUGUAUAUCACAGCUUUUGAACUGAAGCAUGUUUAUUUUUAUUUGAUAAAUAAUUCUCUACUUCCCCAUCAGUUUCUUUGUGACAUUUCCAUAUUUCUGUCAGUGUUACUGCAGACAUGGGUGUUACAAGCACUCCAUGCAUGCACUUAGCUUUUUCCCCCUUUGCACAAAAAUGGAUGAAUUCAGUGUGCGAAACCAAUAUUGGUAUGUUUGAAUACCAAAUGUGCACUAGUUUGUGCAUUUUGUUUCAACCAAUACUAUUUCAGACAUUGGGGGGUGGGGGAGGAGAGAAGGAGGAUGUAGAGAUACAGGCUUCAAUAACUCAUGACAUUGGACCAUGUAAGCCAUCAGCAGUUGCAUGUAAUUUUAAAGAACUGGUUCACACCUAUGUAGGUUUGAAUCAUGAAACAGCUUUUUAGAAUAAAAAUAUAAUGUAACAAUCUGAAAUGGAUAUUUGAUCAGAACAACCUAUGCUCAGAAAAAGCAAUGACUAAUUUUGUUUCAUUGAAAUGGAAUUUCACCAAUUUGGGAUGGAUUGAGCAUUCAACACAAUGCUCUGUUUGGGAAGUUCCAGCUAGGUCCUGCGAUAUCUGUAUCAAUUAUGCUGGAGAAGCAAUGGGAGGUUGGCAACUCUAAAUCCAUGUGUAACCUGCCAAUAAUUUACAAAAGUGAUAAAUUUAGUUCAUUUAACUUUUUAGGAAUAGGCCAUUCAGGAACCAUUUAUUACAGUACAUGCGUAUAAAUGGGAAUUGCUUUGUGAUUCAGCUGCUGAUUGAAUGUAACAUGAACAGCAGUUUGAUUAUUUUUACACAGUAGGAUUCAUUUGUUUAUAUUGGCACUAACUUUUGAGCCAUCUAUUUAAAUAAUGGUAAUAGUGAGAUCACAAAUGGAUUCCCUGCAGUGAAAUGUUCCACUAAGUGUAUAUUAUGCACCUUGCAUUUUUUUGAAUUGCAUUAUUCAGUAAAAUCAAUUGGCAAGGUGGGAAAGAUGUACUUUUGGCAAUAAAAUUUAAGGUGUUGAUUUCAAGUCUUUUUUAAUGAAGUAGCUCAGUUGUCAAAAUGUUUUAGUAUGGUUGGGGGAAUGGAUUUUUUUAUUUCAGGUGAGCCCAUUCCAGAUUUAUGUUUUGGUUGGAUUUCAGAUUAUCAAUGGGUGGUCUUUCACUGAAGUAUUUCACUGAUUCAUUUGUUUACUAAAUGUCAUUUGACACUCAAAGCUAGACAUCCUUUUGUCCAUUUAGCAAGUCUGUCUUAAAAGAAUUUAAUAAAUAAUCAUUUGGUAGUGCAGAACUUGAGCAUUGCUGAAAUAAGACAUGCGUUGUUGAAGCUUUGCGUCUUGCACCCCUCAAGAAUACCAGAUGUAAAGGGAACAACAAUUUAUGCUGAUGAGAAGAUAGUGCUGAUUGGUAGAGGCGUAGCCAUGGAGAAUGCACCAGAUAACUGAUGACUUAAGUUAACUGCCAAGCUUUGUUUAAAUUAAAACCAGGUAAGUUGACUCUUGUCAAGGCAUUGCCCUGGGGAAUGAACCAAAGAAUGGCUGUCACCUAUUUUGUUUAGUUAAAAAAGGCACAAUGUGUGUAAGUAUUCUUUGUGUCUGCAAAGGACAGGGCUCUGAGUAUGUAAAAUUUCCUAGGGCAAUGCACUUGUUUCCUUUACAUUUGGUAUUCUUGUAAAUUGUCCUGGUGAGGGCAAGAUGAAAAGCUUUGUCUUUUUUCAGCAAUACUCAAAUUUGAUGAUUGUUGUACUCAUUGUUUUAAAUUUCCACUUUGUAGUUAGAUUUACUUCCCACCUAUUUUCUCCUUCCCAGUGUAAUUUUCAGAAGUGGGAACUUUCUCUGUUCUUCACACCCAUAUUUUGAGCAACCAAAGCCUGAUGCCUUAAUCAGUGAAACUCCAGGCUCCAAACAGCCAUUUAAUUCAUAGAUCUCAAGGAUACUACUUCAUUGAAACAGAGAUACAGCCAACACUUAGCAUCAGAUUGUGGAGUGCAACUUAUCAACAGGCAUCUGAAAUUGUGCAAUUUCAGCUAAUAUGUCAAUUUUCCAGGAAAGCCAUUAAUGGAUAAGUUCCCCUGUUAAUCAUUACAAUCAUGCUUUAUGGUGCCUCAAUGUCAAAAAAUGUUUGCAUUUUUAAGUUUUCCUAUAUACAAAAUCUGCAGCAACAAACUGAGUUUUAGUUGCUUUUGCUGAUCAUGUUCGAAAUAUUACUGCUAAGUAGAUAUAUUAACUCUAUUAAUUACGAAUUAUUUGAAGUGUGCAGUUUCCGUCUUGGAAUCUUCUAUAGUCAUUGCAUCUUUUUUAAUUCAUUGGAGAAACGGGAACUAUUGCAUGUUUGUUAUUUUGCUUUCAAAUUUUUAUCCAACAACAAAAAUAACAUUCUUGAAGGGUGUUGUCAGAAGUGAGUCCACUUUGAAGCUUGAUGUAUGUAUGAACAAAAUGGUCUUUUCUGGAGUUUUCAGUUCUGUAUCUUAGGAAACUAUUUUGCUUGAGAUUUAGAGGAAUUUUUUAUUUUUGUAAUGAUUAUGAAAAAAUCCCUGUAAAUUUUAGAACUUUUGUCAGCUAGUAAAUACUUUUUAACCAUUGCAAAUGAUCCAGUUACAUUACUGUACAAUUUAUUUAAUGCAGUCCAUCAAUAAAUAACUGCAAGAACUGCAAUCAAGCUAUAGCAAAAAAAACUUUCAUUAAAAAAUGUUCCUGGGCACCAGUAUUCAAAAAUCCAGUAGUAUAUCCUUUGUAAUUGAUAUAUUCACUUUCUAAAAUCCCUACAUAUUUGGUGUACCAUCAGAAAAUGAUACCAGCGGUUCUCAUGUAGUGGACACCAUGUAUCAGUGCUAUACCUAGAGGUUUUUCAUUCUUCAUAUAUGAGAAACUUAGGUUUGAGAUUUUUAAUCAAUGUUAUUUGUAAAUUCUGCAGAAAGUUCUAUUUCCUAUAAUCACCUUUUCCCUCCUCCCACACUCUGCUGAAAUGUUCACAUAUGAUCAGAGGGCAAUUUGCAGUUUUAAAAUGACCAUUUUCUCUCCAAUCAAAAAAUGGUGAUUUUCCUAUUAAAAAGGGAAAACAACAGUUGUUGUAAAGGAACAUCGUUAACCUCAAGUUACUGAACAAGGUGUGCUAACAAUGCUGUCAUGUAUAUACUCCGAGAAUGGAUGAUUGCGGUAAAGAAAGGAUACGUGUGCAACAGAAACACUGACGCAAGAUGUUACAGAACAGGAAAUGCUCUUUUAAAGAAUUAUAGUCUAAUCUACCAAGAGGCCUGUUCUGUCUAGGUAUACUUAGUAUCAAUUCCUGUAUCACUUGCAUUCAGAAAAAACGCUAAUGUAUUUUGAACUAUGGCUCGGAGUGCUUUCCUUACAAAUACAGCACAAUGAUUUACUUUUACAAAUUCAUUUUAGACUUGAACAACUAAGCUGUAAUGUUCCUUUGCCAGUUUGCAGUAGCAACACUUGUAUAACUAGAUCAUUUGCACUUGUAAUAAGAAGCCCUUUACAUUAUGUCACUACAUUUCUAUGCAAAAAUGUUUUCCUCUUUUUGCAACGGGAAGAAAAAGAUGUUGAUUGUAUAUCUAUUUUCUUAUUUAUGAAGGGUUUUUGCUAAAUGUCUUACUAUUCAGACCUCUAAUUAAAGCUAUAAUUUAAGAA